CCUCGGCGCACGCGCGGCUCACCUUCGGCUGUUUCCGCGUUCCCGCGCGGCGUUGUCCCGGCAACAGGCGGCGGCGUAGCGGCCGGGCCCAGGUCCACGCCGUGGCCGUCUCUGCCGUGUUCGGAACCACCUGUGCAGUCUCGGCCCUGGCCAGGGUGUGCUCGUCAUGGCCCUCUAUUUUGACCACCGCAUAGAAGCUCCAGACUCGGUGGGGUCGCCGUCCCACAUUGGCUGGCACCCCGUGCACCCGUUCCUGGCCGUCGCCUCGAUUAGCCCCGCCUCGGGCGGCAGCGUGGACAUAUAUCUGGAACAGGGUGAGCCUGUGUCUGACACUCACAUCGAGAGGCCCUUCCGGGUCACCUGCCUGUGCUGGCACCCGACACGCCUGGUUCUCGCCAUCGGCUGGGAGGCUGGAGAAGUGACGGCGUUCAACAAGCAGGACAGGGAGCAGCACACGGUGCCCCCAACGCACACCGCCGACAUCACCGUCCUCAGCUGGAGCCCCAACGGGAGCUGCCUGGCGUCCGGGGACAAGCUGGGCGUGCUGCUGCUGUGGAGGCUGGACCAGAGGGGCCGAGCGCAAGGGACACCCCUGCUGAGACACGCAUACGGGAGGCACCUUACUCACUGCGUCUUCCGGCCACCACCUCCCGGCGAGGACCUGGCUCAGCUGGCAAAGGCGGCCGUGAGUGGCGACGAGAAAGCCCUGGACAUGUUCAACUGGAGGAAAAGCAGCUCCGGGGGCUCCCUGAAGACGGGCUCUCCGGAGGGACUGUCCCUCUUCGUCAGCCUGGCCGACGGGACAGUGCACUCCGUGGACGAGAAGGGCAGGACCAGCCCGCUGGCGUCCGUGGACGGCCCGCUCCAGGCGCUGUUCUGCAUCGAGAAGAGAGAAGCUCUGGUGGUGGUCACGGAGAGCCUCCUGCUGUCCCUGUACGCGGUAACUGCCGAGGGCGAAGCCAGAGAGGUGAUGAAGGUGAAGCUGAGUGGGAAGCCAGGCCGCCGGGCGGACAUCGCUUUGAUUGAAGACAGCCUUCUGGUGACGGCCACCGGGGAGGCGGUCCUCAGGUUCUGGGACUUAGAACGCGGGGAGAAUUACGUGCUGAGUCCAGAGGAGAAGUUCGGCUUUGAAAAAGGGGAAAAUAUCAACUGUCUCAGUUACUGUAAGGUCAAAGGCUUGUGGUUAGCUGGCACCGACAAGGGGCGGGUGGCUGUGUGGAGGAGAGUGCCACAGCCCCUGGGCAGCCGAGAGCCGGAGGGCAGCGACCGCUGGGCCCUGCAGACGCCCACCGAGCUGGGGGGGAACGUCACACAGAUCAAGUGGGCUUCCAGGAAGGGCCUCCUGGCAGUGAACACCACCAGCUCCGUGGCAGUCCUCAGCGAGCGGGCCGUGGCGUCACACUUCCACCAGCAAGUGGCCGUCGUGCAGGUGUCCCCCAGCUUGCUCAGCGUGUCCUUCCUGUCCUCGGGGACAACACACAGCCUGCGCACAGACAUGCACGUCAGCGGGGUGUUCGCCACCAAGGAUGCCGUCGCUGUCUGGAGUGGGAAGCAGGUGGCCAUCUUCGAGCCCUCCGGAGCCACGUUCCGCAGUGCAGGUACCUUUCUGUGCGAGUCUCCCGUGCUGGCACUGCACGAAGAAAACGUGUACACGGUGGAGCCCAACCGAGUCCAGGUUCGCACCUGGCAGGGGACUGUCAAACAGCUCCUGCUGUUCUCCGAGACCGAGGGCAACCCGUGCUUCCUGGAUAUCUGCGGGAAUUUCCUGGUUGUAGGGACAGACGCGGCUCACUUUAAAAGCUUCGAUCUUUCCCGAAGAGAGGCGAAGGUGCACUGCAGCUGCAAGAACCUGGCCGAGCUGGUCCCCGGCGGGGGUGGCCUCACGUCUCUCAGGUGCAACGCCAGUGGGAACAAGAUCAGCAUCCUCCUCAGCAAGGCCGAUGAUAGCCCCGAUUCCAGAGUCUGCAUCUAUGACGUUGAAACGGACACAGCAGCUGUCCUGGACCUCCAGACGGGGCACGUUGACCAGGGAGAGGCCCUGUCUCUCAGUGGGCAGGAGGCCGAUAGGAGCCUCGUCUUGGCGGAGGAAAGGCUGGUGGGCCGUGUGCCCGUGAGCCACUGCUGGGAUCGGGGCGAGCCCCGACUCUUCGUGUGCGAGGCCGUGCGGGAGGUACCGGGUGCCCCGCCACAGUGUACAGACAAGAGGCCCGCCAGGGACAGCGCCAGCUCCACGGAGGAGGUUUUGCCCGGAGAAGCCGACGGAGAGGACAAGGUAGAUGCUGGCUGCCUGCACGUCCCCCAGAUGGUGGCCAGGAGGCCCCUCCGCGACUUUGCUGGGCUGGAGGACUGUGACGAGCCCACUCGAGACGCCAUGCUCAACUUCAGUUUCUUCGUCGCCGUCGGGGACAUGGAUGAAGCCUUCAAGUCCAUUAAGCUCAUCAAAAGCGAGGCAGUCUGGGAGAACAUGGCACGCAUGUGUGUGAAGACGCGGCGGCUGGACGUCGCCAAGGUGUGCCUGGGGAACAUGGGCCACGCCCGCGGGGCCCGUGCGCUGCGCGAGGCUGAGCAGGAGCCGGAGGUGGAGGCCAGGGUGGCUGUUCUGGCCAUCCAGCUGGGCAUGUUGGAGGACGCCGAGCGGCUGUACAGGAGCUGUGGGCGCCACGACCUCCUGAACAAGCUGUACCAGGCCGCAGGCCACCGUGGAGGUGGCCGAGCUCCAGGACCGCGUCCACCUGCGCGCCACCUACUACAGCUACGCCAGGCACCUGGAGGCCAGUGCCGACUGCAGCCUGGCCCUCCUGUACUACGAGAAGUCGGACACCCACCGCUUCGAGGUGCCCCGGAUGCUCUCCCAGGACCUGCAGUCCCUGGAGCUUUACAUCAACCAGCGGAAGGACAAGACCCUGUGGCGCUGGUGGGCGCAGCACCUGGAGAGCCAGGCAGAGAUGGAGGCCGCGCUGCACUACUACGAGCUGGCCCAGGACCCCUUCUCCCUGGUGCGCGUCCACUGCUUCCAGGGCAACGUUCAGAAGGCUGCCGAGAUCGCCAACGAGACCAGAAACUGGGCGGCGUCCUACCACCUUGCCCGCCAGUACGAGAGCCAGGAGGAGGUGCACCAGGCCGUACACUUCUACACGCGGGCGCAGGCCUUCAACAACGCCAUCCGCCUAUGCAAGGAGCACGGCCUGGACGAGCAGCUCAUGCACCUGGCCCUGCGGAGCGGCCCGGAGGACAUGGUCGAGGCAGCCCGCCACCACGAGGAGAAAGGCGAGCACAUGGACCGGGCCGUCACGCUGUACCACAAGGCCGGCCACUUCUCCAAAGCCCUCGAGCUGGCCUUCGCCACCCAGCAGCUCACGGCCCUGCAGGUCAUCGCAGAGGACCUGGACGAGAAGGCGGACCCCGCGCUCCUGGCCCGCUGCUCGGACUUCUUCAUUGAGCAUGGCCAGCAUGAGAGGGCGGUGGGGCUGCUGCUGGCUGCCAAGAAGUACCGCGAGGCCCUGCAGCUAUGUGUCGAGCAGAACAUGACCAUCACAGAGGAGAUGGCUGAGAGCAUGACCGUGUCCAAGGGCUCCCAGGACCUGCCCGAGGAGACCCGGCGCGAGCUGCUGGAGCAGAUCGCAGACUGCUGCAUGCGCCAGGGCAGCUACCACCUGGCCACCAAGAAGUACACACAGGCAGGCCACAAGCUGAAGGCCAUGAGGGCGCUGCUCAAGUCGGGAGACACGGAGAAGAUCGUGUUCUUCGCGGGCGUCUCGAGGCAGAAGGAGAUCUACGUCAUGGCUGCCAACUACCUGCAGUCCCUGGACUGGCGCAAGGAGCCCGAGAUCAUGAAGAGCAUCAUCAGCUUCUACACCAAGGGGCGGGCCCUGGGCCUCCUGGCCGGCUUCUACGACGCCUGCGCCCAGGUGGAGAUCGAUGAGUACCAGAACUACGACAAGGCCCACGGGGCCCUGACCGAGGCCUACAAGUGCCUGUCCAAGGCUAAAGCCAAGAGCCCCCUGGACCACGAGGCCAAGCUGGCACAGCUGCAGAGCAAGAUGGCGCUGGUGAAGAGGUUCAUCCAGGCCCGCAGGACCUACACGGAGGACCCGCAGGAGUCUGUCAGGCAGUGCCAGCUGCUCCUGGAGGAGCCGGACCUGGACGGCACCGUGCGCAGCGGGGAUGUCUUCAGCCUCGUGGUGGAGCACUACCUUCAGGCGGGGGAGUUCCAGACGGCCUACAAGUACCUGGAGGAGAUGCGGAAGAGGCUCCCCCCCGCCAGCGUGGUGUGCUAUGUGAGCCAGCGGACCAUAGACGCCGUGCACCGGGGCCUGGGCCUCCCUCUGACCCGCGUCGGGCCCGAGCAGGUGCACCACCGCAGUGUGGAGGACCACAGGGAGGUGGGCGAGGAGCUGGUGGAGGAGGUGGAAGACGAGCCCUGAGGGCUGCACCCCCGUCGCCCACAGCAAGAGAUCUUGUGGGUGGGAAAAGGACUAGGGUCUACAGGCAGAGCUGGGCAGGGUGCAGGGCCCAGCAGUCAGCCCUGUUCACACCUGUGCCCCCAACCACGUUCCUGCCUAGACACUGGCCUCGUGCCUUUAGCGAGCUGGUGGUCUUUCCUAAGCCCCUCCGAACUGCAGGCCUCGGGAACCUUCAGGAAUGAGGGGCCACUGUCCUGUCCCUGUGGCCUCUUCCUGUGCUCCUGGAUGUUCACUAGCCGGUUCCCGCAAGGCCCCAUUCCUGCCAGGGCUCCGACAGCCCCAGUAGUGUCACCGCACAGGUGGGCCAGGCCCCACCCAAGGAGCCAGUA